UUUGAAAUUUGCCCGUUAACGAAAAAUAUCUCAUAAUUUAUUAAUUAUACAUCAAUGAUAAUGGAAUAUUCAAUUAAAAUAUCAAUAUUUCAUGUGAAUUAAAUAGUGUGGAAUAAGAAUCAAAUGAAACAACAAAUGAAAAAUCAUAUUUUUAUGCCGUUAAAAAAAGUGCGAAAAAAACUAACCUAAAAAAAAACGGCCAUUCCAACCAAUAUUGUGUAAAAAGUAUAAUGAAUUUAAAAAAAACUCCAGUUGGUGGCUUGCGCACGCAGUCUGAUACCCCCCGGACAUCCCCCCACUUCGGAUGCACCAGACCACACCAUGAAGCCGGUCAAUACUCCGUGAGUCCGUGAGCUGAGAGCUCUCUGUUGCAGCUAAAAUCGCGUUUUUCACUGUGUAGAAAAUCCCAGAAGAAGACUACGACAAGACUCAUGUAUCGUGCACUUGCAACAGUGAUCAAAUCUAACGACUAAAAAAAAAGAAAAAAAAAAGGUGAUAUCAACUCCAAAAACGCAAUCAUCAUUUCACUUUUAUCGUGUGGACAAAUUGUCAAGGUGUACAAUUUUGAGAUAAAAAUUUUCCUUGAAAGUAGAGAAAAUAUGUGAAGGAAAACGAGGAAGCGCGACCGUCGUCGGAGGUCACGGCGUGACACGUUUUAACUUGGGAGGGCGCGUGUUUUUCUUUAGACGGCGCCGUCGUCCUGCGUUCCUGCGUGCAGUAGAUAACAAGCCUUUUAUUAAAAAGUAUUUAAUAUGUGCAUCGCGUGAUGGACCACAGCUUCACGACCGGCCGACUCAUGGAUACGUCGUGGAUAUUCUUUUUCUUCUUUGCCAUCGCCGAUGUUGCAGCUUCGGUUGAUGUGCAUUUUGAGAAUAAGGAUGGUGGAUUUUUUUUGAAACAUUCACCAAGACAAUAUUAUUCAUCGUCGUCGCGACAAGAAACAAUGACGCCAAUAUCAUCAACGGUAACGGCGUCGCCUCCAGGUUCAGUUUUGUCCAUCGACAAAUUCACAGUCUUCCAGACAAGCGAACCGGUUUCAGUGAGAGCGACCUACGGCCCUUUCAGCACAAAACAAACUGUUCCGGCGCGAUACAUCGUCCCGGAUCCUCUUGAUACACUUCCGUUACCCGAUCCAAGAAAUAGAGGGCCAAAUAAUAAUAAUAAUACAACAACAUCAUCGCUGGCGAUGAGCAGGGCAUUAUUGGAUGCCCAGGAACUUGGUACAAGACAUUUGGAUAUGUCCGCUCAUCUUGUGAGCAACACCGUUGCACGUGAUUCACCGGUCCUCAGGGUAUUGUUCCAUGCGGGAAGCGAGUCAACCGGUAGAAGACAAUUGCUUCUGGGUCGUCAUCAGAGAGUUUGCGUCGUGCUGCACGCUUCUCUAAACGGUGGUAGCAGCAGGUUGAGCUCGACUGGAUCAAAGGACUCAUCAUCAUCAUCAUCAUCGUCUUCUACGUCGUCAUCGUCAACGAGUAAAAAUGGUCCAUUAACAGCUGCCUGUAGUCCAGAUGGUGAGGAUGGCGUUUGUUUGGCACAAAUAACAAUUCCAGCUAAUUGGUGGCCACCAUUACCACCACCUGAUGCCUCGGGACGUAUUAAAGUUCCAAAAACAUUACCAAGAAUUGUUCAACUAUCCUAUUCUGUCCUUGAGCCAAGAAGCAAUGAAGAUGGUGGAGUUCCCCAUGUUCUUGAUUCGGGAUCAUCGUCAUUUUGUCAGCCGAGAGUACAAAUACAACCGGUUACGCCAUUAGGUAGUGUGACCCUAGCGCCAAAUCGUGAGGAUUACAAAGAAUUGAAAACCGACGAGUAUCUUACACUUUUGGUUCCCCAUGGACCACUGUAUCCGAGAUCGAGGCUCCACGUGCCGGCUUUUCUCCAUUCGCACUCAUCUCGUCAGGGUGCACAGGGGAGACCACCAGUUGCUGCUGUUGUACUCAGAGCUCGGGUCAAGUCGGACGUUAAAAUCCUAGAUGCAACAUCGAGCAAUCCGGAUUGGAUAGUGGAAUCUAAGAUCAAUAUGAAGAACACCGCGGCAACCUUCACGGCCAGAAGGAAGGAAAACGUGUCACGUUUACCAAACGCGUCAGCCGAAGAGAUUAUGACUAUGCUACUGGAGGCGAGUGACGAGGGUGCAGGAGGCAACUGGGACGGGGGAAGAAUCGUGUGGAGCGUACGAUAUGCCUUCGAAGGCGAGGAAGAUAACGUUUCUAUACCUGGCAUGUAUCAGUUAAGCCAACAGCAGCAGCAGCAGCAUCAUCAUCACCAUCAUGUGGAAAGAGGAAAGGUGCAAGCGCGUCUCGAGAUUCAGAAGGAUGAUAUUCAAGCGGUUCUGCCCAUUUCAAAGAACUGGGAAGUAAUGAAUACAGCUGUACUCACCGGUAGACAAGUCUCUCAGGCAAUGAAAGUUUUCAUCGUCAGUCAAGCUGGUAAAGUUGCUGAUGUUACUCUACAAUCCUCAUGUCAUUCCGAAGACGAAAGUGUUCUCAAGGUAUCCUCAUCGUGUAGUAGUGUCUAUGUUGAUGGCUCGGAAAUUCGCGGCUCAAGUAACGCGUCAGUUUUAGUAAAAUACGGCACGUACACGGGACUUGCAAGAUUCACAGUUUGGAUGCCCGAAUUUCCUUUAGAAGUGACUGUGAGCGAUUCUCGGCUUAAUCAGAUCAAAAGUUGGAAAGUCCCUGAGGAGCAUUUAAUCUCAAAAAACAAGCGGAGUCUUAACGAAACUUCAACGGGAAAUAAUGAUGAUAAAGAUUCAAGAACGACGAUAGUGAGAAAAAGAAGUUCAAACUUGGCAACUGAGUCGUCGGAUUUAGAGAGUGAUGACGAUGUAGUGGAUGAAGAAACUGAUGACGACGGCGAUUUAGAUGACGAUGAUGAUGAUGAAGAGGAAGAUGAUGAUGGUUCCUUAAGAUUUCGAGGACACAAAUGGGAUGAGAUCAAUGCUAUCGAUAGAAAUCCAUCAGCAAAUUGUCGACUUCGUUUUCAACAAAGUCCCGUUGAAAUUCACGCUAGAUUCUUUGCGGCUGAUCAUGACUCUGGAAGAGUUUCGUAUUUUGUGAAUCGUCGAACGUGGUUGCGAAUUACGGAUUUGGUUCUUUCAAUGCUGAGAGUUUCGGAUCCAAGAAUUGCCACUUUAAGCCAAGGUAAAAUAGUUCAGGGUCGAAGUAUUGGUCGUGCGGAAGUUCAAGUUAUAUCGCCAAUCACUGGACGUGUGAUUGGAGCAAAAGAGGUACGCGUUGGAAAUGAUCGUGUUGCAGUUUCAAAAUUAUCUGUGAAAGUUGUGUCCGGUCUUCAAUUGACGAUAAAUCCCGAUUCAACGAUAGAAAAUGGAUAUAUCGCUGAAACAUCGGUUACAAGAAAACUUACAGCACAAUAUCAGGAGGGUUUAUUAGACAUUGAUGUUGAAUUUUCGGAUGGUUUUCGAACUCCAUUGAGGGAGAUUGCAGUCUCGGAUUAUCAUCUUGUUGUGGAGAGUCUAGACCCAGAGGUCGUGGCCUUUGCGCCAAUGGUGGCGUCCCAUCAUCCACGAGUGAUCGCUGUAGGUGAAGGUCGUGGCGAUCUUUUGAAAGUGACCCUUCACCUUGCCGACUCGUGUCGAUUGUCAGGAAGAAAAUCAAAAACACCGGCAACAAGAGGAACACCGAGUUUACCAUUGGCAACAUCAACCGCUAAUAUUGAAGUGGAUUUUGCUACCAGCGAUUUGCCAAAUCGACCCGAAUUUGUGCAAAAUGAUGGCGGUACACUUGGCGGUAGUUCUCAUCAUAGAGAGCGAAAAAAUGGCAAAGACGGUGCACCCGAUCUUAAUGAUAUUUUAAUUGGUUUACCACUAAAAGACGAAAACGACCACGCACCAACGAUGCAGGCAAGACAGCACCGCAUGGCUAUAGCUAAUGGCAUGUCUUCAGGGGGAAUGGGCGGUGUGGGGAUUCGACAUCAGGGAGGACCACAGAUGACACCUAUGGAAAUUGGAUUAUACGUUCUUUUGGCGGCCUUUUGCUUCGCCAUUGUCGUCUUCGUUGUGUCCUGUGUCGUCUACACGAGUAAAUUCAAACCACAAUCGGCGGACUCGCCACUACCUGGACUUCCUGGUCUUGGAGCAGCAAGAGCCGCUGCCAAUCAACUCGCUCAAAAUCGACGACCCAGAGAAUCAACAACCAACGCUCACGAUUGGGUAUGGCUUGGGCGUGCAACUCUCGAGAGAGCCGGAACUGGACCUCAACAGGUUCGUGUAACCAGCAAUCCGCUCGCCGGAGAGAAUAAUCCGCUUACGGAUGCUGCUACUGCUGAGCUGGGUACAAGUUUUGAUAAUCCUAAUCACAUUGAGUUACCCUCGGUGGUUCGUGCAACUCCCUCGGCACCCAUCGACACAACGACUUACUGUAAAAGGGAUAAAAUGCCAUAUAGUUUCAUCAAAAAGUCCAUGGAUGGACAAUCAACGAAACCCGUGAUAGUUCCAACUGCACCGACAGCAAAUGCUCUCGCACAAAAUAAUAACGAUGAUGUGCCUCCGCCGUUGCCGCCACAUGGGAUUCUUCCACCCUCAGCAUUAACAUCGACAUCCGACGAUGCAAAUGGAAAUGAUGAUUAUAAACCUCCAGUUCCUCCUCAUCGUAAUACUGGAGUUUUAGCUCGACUUCCAGAGACACCCAGGAAACGUCAUCAUCGAACGGCAAGUGCAAGUCACAAUGGUAAUUAUCGACAUCACGAUAAACAUCAUGAUAAUAAACAUCAUGAUGUUAAACAUCAUGAUAAACAUAAUCAAAAGCAUGAGAAACAUCAUGAUAGGCAUCAUCAUCAUCAUAAUGAAAAACACGUGAAAAAUUAUCGUUCGAAAAAUUCAACAUCAAACGCAACUAAAGAUAAUAAUGAACUUGCAUUUGUUGAGCUUAGAAAUAAUGAUGAGAAAAGAAUUAAAUGCACAAAAUCAAGGGAGGUUAAAAGAGCAACUGUCAUUGGUAAUCCAAUGUUCUCAUCGUCAUCUUCCUCAUCUUCAUGUUCAUCGAAUCAUGAACAAGAGGAAGCUGUUCCCAUGGAUGAUCUCAAUUUAGGCAUGGAUUAUAAUCAGAUUAUGCAGUACUUUGAUAACUUGAAAGAAUCGAAUGCCUGAAAAAGGGCCUUUGAUCGCUCAGGUGAUCAGAGUUUGUAGACGUGUUGAUUUUUCCGAAUUUGCCGCGACUCGUUAUUAUUUGAAAGCCGCUGAAACCGGCUUUUUCUUAUUUCCAACGAGAAUCUCUUCUUUUAAUGUUUAUUAAAAUUUUAUUUUAUAAAAAAAAAUAUUUAAUUUAAAUUGUAUUCUGACUAUAUUAAAAUUUUCAAUUAAUUUAUUCAAAAUUUUAAGUUUUUUUCUUUAAAGAAAAAAAAAUUAACACAUUUAAUAUAAAUUGACUAAACUAGAAAAAAAUGAAAGCUGUGAAAAUUAAGUCUCAGAGAAGCGUUUCGAUUAUAUUGAAUGGACAGAAGGAAGAGUUCAAACAGUACAAAAAAAAACUUUUAAUAUGACAAUAAUAGUCUUUCCUUUACUCUUUAAACUCUACCAAAAAAAAAAGAAACUAUUUUCGUUAGUUUUCUUUAUCUCAUUGAUUGGUGACGGAUUCGACUUCUUGGAAAUAAUUUUCUCCAGCUUCGAUCCAGAUAAUUUUUUUCUUCUCUUUUUAAUAUAAUAAAUAAAGAACUGAUUUCUCGACAAGAUUGAAACUUGGAACGAGUCGCGGCUAAUCGGAAAGCUUCACUUUUAAAAAAAAGCAAUAGACGCGAAAAAACGGAUUCCCUGACGCUUUGCUAAACGUGAAUACGAACAAUCAGAAUUUUAUUUUUUUUUUUGUUUUAUUUUUAUUUUACUGCGUAGAGCGAAUUGAGCAGGGAAAUUCGAACGUAUCGUAGAUUAUGUUCUAGUCAGCUUCCUAGCAGCACAUCAAAUUACACGUUUAAUAAUCGAUCUUUUUUUAAAAAAAAAAAAAAACUGGUUCUAUUUGACUGAUGGGAUAAAAGAAAAAAAAAAAGAUCAACAGACGUAACAACGAUUUAAAAAAAGAAAAUUCACAAUCGGGGUGAUUUUUUUUCUUAAGAAUUGAAAAAAGAUAAUCCAUACUUAAUUAUUUAUAUAAAUGAUUUGUCAUUUUUGUUGAUAAAUUUUUCUGAACGUGAAGGACGUGAGGUCACUGACAGUAGAUCUGAAGAAUUAUGAGGGUUUUCUUUUUUUUAUUUACGGAAAAUAAUUUUUAUUAAACAAAUUUAAUUAUUUAUUAAAGAAAAUAAAAAUUAAAUUCAUAAAUAUUUUACGGUUUAAUAAAAUGAAAUAAUAAAAAUAUCUAUGGAAAAAAAAAUAAUCACGUGUUUCUUAACUCCAUCUUUGCAAAAUAGACGAUUAAUAGUAUCGAACUUGGAAAUAAUAAUUCUUUUUAAGUAAAAUAGAAACAUUAAUAUUAUUGAUCUCAUAAUUUUCAAGAAUAAAUCGCUAUUUGCAAUUAUGGUAUGAUAAGAAAAUUUAUGGAAAAACAUUUUUACAAUACUCUUUUUUUUAGGCACAGGAAAAAAAAUUUAUGUAAAUUUUCACUUUUAAUUAUCUCAUUACUUUUUUUAAAAAAAAGAAUAAGAGGGAAAUUUGUGAAUUUUUUUCCUGAGCAUAAAAAUUAAAGUGUUAAUUUUUUCUCAAAAUAACUUUUCAAUGAAUUAAUAUUAGAAAUAAAAAAAAAAUAUGUCCGCGUUGUACUUCCUCAUUGCUCAUCUUCAUUCAAACUGAUUCUAGACAUCAGCAAGAAAACUCGUCAAUUUAUAAUAAUUAAUUGUUAUCGAAGUCUGUCGAGUGUGUAUAUAUAUAAAAAAUUCAUUUGUCGACGUCACGAUUCCUUCGCGCCUCUUAAAGCUCAUUUGUAAACAAAAAAAGGAUAUAUUAGCAUAAACAGAAAUUUCCAAAAUCAAGAUUUUAAAAAAAUCGAAUCUUUCUUCUUUUUUUUUGUAAAUGAGCUGAAUCGUUAUGUCCCCAUCGAAUCUUUGCAGUUCAUCUCAGUAUUAUGUUAAUUAGGUUUUUAGUUUCUAGAAUUAAUAUUAAACAAAUGUGUAUUUUUGACAUCUUGGUUCUCAUAAUAUAAAAGAGCUUUUUUUGAAUGAAAUCUGCUCUUCUACAAAUCAGAAAAGUCUGCCUACGUCCCAAGUUACGUUCGAGAAAAAUGAAAUACUCGUUCGAUCUUACCGUGCGUUGUGAUGUUUGUAAAUUUUGCUUUAUAAGACUGUGUACAUAUAAACAUACAUAUUAUAUUAAAUAUUAUAUAACGCGUCAGCGCAAGAAUAAUAAUUAUGAUUAUUCAAAAAAAAAGCAAACAAAUAAUUGAUCUAAUUUAAAAGAUCUCUAAAUUUGUAAACUUGUCGCUGAAAAAUCUCGGGUCAAGAACAAAACAAAAAAAAAAUACUCGAAUUUAUCGAAAUUCGAGAAUAAUUAUAUAUAUUUAAGAAAAUUAUAUUUCCUUGCGACAAGUCUUAAGAAUGUCUGCCAUUUUAACUUUAUUCAGAAUCGAUUGCUGCAUUUUUUAAAUUAAAUAAAAUCAAAUGUGAAUUAAUCAAUAAAAAAAUCAUUGAUUAUUGAAUGUUAAAUUCAAGUCUAAACUAUUUCAAUAAAAAAAAAACACAUAAUUUAUUAUUAAUUAACAAUGCUAAAAAAUUAGUUUGCAAUCGAUUCUAACUAUAGAAUUUUUCUACAUGACGUCAUGAAAAAUCGAUUUACAAGUUGAAAAAUAAAAACAAAAUUUAUACAAAUUACGAAAAUUCAGACUUCUUCUAAGUAAAUUUACAUCGGUUAAAAAUUAAUAGUAAUCCUAAUGAAGAAACUAAAUAUCUUUCCAAAAAAGAGGAAAAAAAAACAAAAAAUUUAUUUUCAGCUUGAAAAUCGGUUAUUUUUUGCUUCCGAGACAUAUUGCCUAAGGCUAUAAAAAAAAAUAUCGCGUGGAAUUUGUUUGUUGCGAAAUUUUAGGCUUUACUUUUGGAGAAUUCCAUAUCAGGGGUUUUUCUAUAAAAAAAACGCUUUUUUUGCUAAUUUGCAAAUACCAUAUAAAAUCAGUAAGAUUUUUCUCUUCUCUCCUAUGGAAUUCCCCAAUUGCAAAUAGAAUUAAAUAAAAAUAGAAUUCUAUUUGUAAGUUUCUUUAAAAAAAAAAAAAAAAAAAAACAAAUCCGGAAUGCAAUUGAAACUUGUCUAUUUUUAUAUAUAAUAUCGAUCAGUUCGUUUAAAUUGCCAUUUUUCGGUAAAGCCUAAUAUUUUAUAAUUAAAAUUUUGCAUCAAUCGAAUGAAUCGCUAACGCCGACAUAAUAUAAAUUUUUAAGUGACACGACGAAAGCCGUUAGGAAUUAAAGACAAUUAAAAAAAAAAUGAGGGGAAGAAAAGGGUUUAAUUGCAAAGAAGAUAAAAAUUGAAUAGAAAAAGAAAAAAGAGAGAAAGAAAAAAAAUGUGCGUGUCGAAAAAAAAUAUCUAUCUAAAUAAUGUAAAUGUGUGUGUGUUUAGCACGCCGUAAUUUUGUGUGUGGCACUUAGUAGUGUGUACAUGCGAAAGCGACGUUUUGAUAAGAACGCGGCGACUGCGAGACGAUAAGGAAAAAAAGUUUACAGAGCUAUUGUAACAAAAUAAGCAAAAAAAAAAAAAAAGAGAGAAACAAAAAAUAGAGCGCCGAAUUCCCCUUUGAGAAUCUAGUCCAGUGCAGGUUGCCGUUUCGCUAUCGCGUGUCCUGCAUUAAAACAAAAAAAAACGUAGAUCGCAAUGUUGUGUAGCGUACGCGACUUAACACGAAAAAAAAUUUAUAUACAAUAUAUUAUAUAAAUAUAUAUAUAUAAAAUUAACUAAAAAAAAAGAAAAAAAAAAUACUCCCUGUACUUCUACAGUUGACGACUGAUCACCACUCACUCAAUUUUUCUCCACUUUUUCUCAGUGUCGUGACUCGGUGUUAUCAAUCCACGGAAAAAUUAAAAAUCAAAUUCGUUUUUUUAAAAUAAUUUAGAAAAAUUCUAAAAAUUGUCAAAUACCUACCUUUAAUUUAAUUAAAAAAUAUUAAAAUAUUUCUAUUUGUAAAUAUUGGUAAUAAAUUAAAAUUACUAAAAUAAAUCACCUUUCUAAAAAAAAAAAAAAAUGAAUAAAUCCGUGGAUUGAAACAUCAGUUUUUUAAAAAAAAUUAUAUUUCCCAUUGUUCCCUUUUUUCGGGAGAUUUUUCUUGUUCGCUUUGUGAGAAAAUUUUUCUAAUGCGCUAUAUUUAAAAGUCGCGACACUUUCUGCUUAUUUAUUGCCAAUAAAAUCGAAAACACAAUGGAAAAGUCGGUUUUAAAGAAAUUGAUAUAAAAUUUUUAAUUUUUCUCAAAAAAAAAAAUAUUUUACACACAUAGAUGACCUUCCAUCUUUAUCAAGGAACGAGUCAAAUUCCCCUGGGGGUGUAAUGGGUCGUCGAUUGUUUAUCACCCGAUAUAGCUUUCUAUUAAAAAAAAAAUAAAAAAAAAAUCUAUAUAAAAAAUGAAAAACAUAUCGUCUCAAGAUUUCGAAUUGUGACGUUUUUUCUUUUUUUGUAAUUCGUUUUUUUUUUGACACGAUUGAUUACUAUUCAAGUUAGUGUCAUUUAUUUGUUCAGGUAUAUAAAUAUAUUUAAUAUAUUAUUUAGGAAUUGAGCCGAUAUUCAUUUAUAAAUACCGACGAUUGAUUCGUCGCUAAAGAAUUCGGAAUCGCACAAAAAAAAAACAAACAGAAAAUGAAAUAAUUAGGUUUCUAUAUUAUAUAGAAUAUAUCGAAUUUUACUGCCACACAGAUCUUAUCAAAGGUUCAGUUAGAUUUAUAAAAUAUCACGUCAAUUUAAACACCCAAAGAUCAUAUUCGAAAUGAAGACUCAAAAAAAAAUAUAUAGUUUUAAUGAAAACAAUUUCGGGAACAAUUCUUUUUUUGAUUUUAGUAGAUUUUUUAUAUUUUUUGUUCAUAGCUUUAUUUUAUUUUAUUUUUUUUUAAAUAUGAGAAUUAAAAAUUUAUUUUUUUAAAAUAUAGAAAUUUAAAGAGCAUUCUUUUUUUCUUAGAAUUGUAUUUUUUUUAUUUUUUUUAUUUUUUUUUUUUUUGGAAAUGGGUGACUGCCUAAAUGGAAAUCGAAUAAUUUAUUAUAGCAAGCUCUUUCUUGAAUAAUUGAAAAAAAAUGAAAAUAGAGAUUCUAGCGAGGAAUCGAAGAUGAAUUAAUCAUUCCUUUGACACACAGCGUCACUAAUACUUAAUUAUAAGGAUAAACGAAUCCAAAAAGCAGCAAUUAUCAGUAUGUUAUCAUCAUCGCUACUUUGAAGACGACGAUGACGACAAAAAAAAGCCAUGAGAAUUUAUUGUUAAUAAUAUUAGAAAACGCAAAGCUGCUAAUUAUUAUUAUUAUUAUUAUCACUUUCAUUACCAUUUAUAAGCAUCAUUAAUUCACUGAAAAUCGUUAUCAUCAUUGGUCAUCUCUCAUUAUCAUUAAAAAAAAAAUUUGUCGUCAUCGUCCUCAAUGAUAUGCUAAGAAUAUAUAUAUAUUAAGAUACGACUAUUGCCUACUCAAUGUACAAUAUGUAGUAUUCACCUGUUGUUACCACCAAACCGUCGUCAAAGAUAUAUAAAAUUGUAAUUGUACUAUAAAAA